AUGUCCAGAUCAGGUGUUGCCGUUGCCGAUGAAUCCAUACAAGCCUUCAAUGACUUGAAGCUAGGUAUGAAGUACAAGUUCGUCUUGUUCAGUUUGAAUGAUGCUAAGACCGAAAUUGUUGUCAAGGAAACCUCCUCUGACCCAUCUUACGAUGCUUUCUUGGAGAAACUACCAGAAAACGACUGUCUAUACGCCGUCUACGAUUUCGAAUACCAAAUCUCUGAAAGUGAAGGUAAGAGAUCAAAGAUUGUUUUCUUCACUUGGUCCCCAGACACUGCUUCUGUGAGACCAAAGAUGGUGUACGCCUCAUCCAAGGAUGCUUUGAAGAGAGCCUUGAACGGUGUUGCUAUUGAGAUUCAAGGUACUGAUUUCUCCGAAGUUUCUUAUGAAGCUGUUCUAGAGAAGGUUAGCAGAGGUGCUGGUUCUCACUAA